AGGGGAGAUGGAAAGCUUUAUUGGACAAAGGAGAGGACGAGAGAGAGAGAGAGAAAAUAGAGAUGUGAGAGAGAGGUACAGAGCUCCUAGCACAGAGAGGGAGAGAGAGGGAGUAGGGGGGGAGCUUGUUUCCCCUUUCUCUUCUCCCUCCACGUUUAAAAGCGAAACAGCUCUCUUUUUUUACACAGAGGAGGGUGCGUGGGGGGCAGUCCUGUACUUCCAACCUGCCUGGACUAUAAGAAGUAUUUAGUGUGCCGACCCUAACCCAAAUACCAGACACAACACAGAGCUGCAGCCAGAGAGCCAUCUGAGGACCUGACAGAACACAGGCAUGAACGACAUCAAGCUGGCCCUGCUGGGAAGCCAGGGGGCUGGGAAAUCAGCUGUCCUUGUGCGGUUCCUGACCAGACGCUUCAUCGGCGAAUACGCCUCGAACGCCAACUCCCUGUACCAUAAAAGGAUGUCAAUUGAUGGCAGGCAGCUGAAUCUGGAGGUGUUUGACCCCUGCUCUCAGACCUCAGAGGCCAGAUGUAUUCUGGAGGAGCCAGUGGACUGGGCAGAUGGCUUUGUGGUGGUGUACAACAUCAGCGACCGCACUUCCUUCAUCAAUGCCAAGAACAUCCUGAGGCAAAUACGGGAGGCGCGCGUGGAGAACUGCAAAGGGGAGGUGGACGUUCCCGUGUGCCUGGUGGGUAACAAGCAGGACCUGUGCCACGCGCGGCAGGUGCGUGAGGACGAAGGCCGCUGCCUGGCGCAGGAGAACCGCUGCCACUUCCAGGAGGUCUCAGCGGCCGAGAGCUACCAGGACAUCGCCACCCUCUUCACGCAGCUCAUCAGGCAGGUGAUGGAGCACCUGAAGUACCGAGCCGACCGGCGACGCUACAGCGGCUCCAAGUCCAUGGCCAAACUCAUCAACAAUGUGUUUGGCAAGAGGAGGAAGUCGGUGUGAUCGGCUCAGGGAAGAGAGCGCUCGAUCAGCCGGACGGACUGGGAUGUUAGAGCCGGCGAUCGAAGUGAUCUCACCUGCUGGGUCAGAAAACUGUUGAGGAUACGGACGGUGGUGACGGCGCUAACCUUGUGUACAUAUAGUGAGCAUCUAAUGGCUGCAAAAUCCACAGGCAUAUAUCAGCCUUGUGAACUUGUUUGACAAUUUUUUUGCAAAGGUCUCUGCUUUAGAAAGUGCUAAUAAGGUUUUAGUGAUCCGAACAGAGCAGGUUACUCACCAUGUCAAGAGUUUCCAGGAGAAAACGGGAAAGUGUGGAAAACAUAUUCACUACGUAACGUUUAGCUUUUAUUCAGCCUUUUCUGGGUAAAUGGACUUUGAUUCCAUUACAGCCUGUGUGUGCUCACAUAGUCCAGUGUGUCAGGUGUGUGAAAGUGUUGUUGAAAGUUCAAGAGCCUUUUACAAAUCAGAUUUCAGAGUCAGACCAACAGUUUUCACACGUGGUGAUUUGACGGUAAAGAGAGCCUCAAUACCUCACCUGGUUGAGAGGCCCGAUGAACCGUGGGUAUAUUCCUCGUUGCAGCGGCGUAGGUUCUCCCCCCUGAGAAAAGAAGUAUAAUAAAAGUCAUUUAUUUCAUUUUUUUCAAGAAUGAAACCAAACACACGGUGUCUGCUUUCAAUACUUUGCAGGUUUGAGCACAGUUUAAACCUUUCCAGUCAUAAUAUCUGGUUCGUUUAUGGACAUUUUUUUUUCUAAACAUAAAUGCUGAAACAAUCUCCGAUUGUCUCAUUUCCCCCGCAUCAGACGGUCCAUCUGCUCAUCGUGCGGUCAUGUCACAACAACGGUGGGCAUGCCAGACCUAUUAGUUGCUGAUUAGCCAGUGACAGUGAAAAGUUGUGGCCAAAUAUUUGUUCAGGAUUCACCACAGUCGCCCUCAUCAGAGUGCUCGCAGCGUGUUACCAACUACUGGCCAACGCUGCAGCAUGCCGAGUGAAAAUAUCAACAUAUGCACGAUCCUGAGGUUACCCCACUCAAGCCUUGCUGUGCUUAGAGUACGCCCUGUCUCUGUGAUUGGUUCAGUUGAUUGGACCACCACGGUGUAAUACUCAGCAGGUUUCUGCAGUCCACUGUUCUGCAGCCUGCUGCUCAUCAUGUUUUAUCUUUUAGAUGAGGAAAAAGACAGUUUUUGUGUGUUCUCUGCCAGUUUAUUAAUAAUUAUACACUUUUUAAAAAAAAAUUAUUUUCAUAGUAACGCUACACUUUAGGACCCCUAAUGCUUGUUUUAGUUUUUUACUCCAAUGGUUGUUAUAGGACUUCUGUCUAAAAUCCCUCCCCAGCGUUCAUGCAUAACACAAUUAUUAAUGUUAAAUUAAUUCUGUUUGAAGCCAAAGUCUGAGAAGAAGGAUUCCAAUUAAGUUGAAAAACAAAUUCUUUGCCUAAUUAAACGGCAACAAAAGGUUCAAACUUGAGACCCGACGAGUGGAGCCUUCAUUAGUCAGAUUCCAGCCUUCUUCACGAUGACAGAUUGGAUCCUCCUGUGCGUGGAUGACGUCGGUCCUGCACAAAACUGUGGAGAGACGCUCAGCUACUCUACACAGAUGAUUCUUUGCAGCUGCUCUUUGCUGUGUGCAUUUAACAUUUUAACGUUCUGCUUUCAUUUCCCACAUAGUAGCUCUAAUCAUUUUAUUCCUCGCUGACUGGGAGUCGUAAAUGAUUAUGGUGAGAGAAACCACAAGUUGAAGUUGGUGUGGGUUAGGGUUAUUGUAAAAUCAUUUGAUUCUGGACUUUUUCCUUCAGAAUUCUGAAAAAUGUUUGCACAGUUUUACACAUCCCUUUCUGUAGUUUUAGAUCAUUGUAAAUUUUCUGACUUCAUAGUGCCAUCUGCACAUGCAACAUUUCAAAUCAAUAAUCGCCGUUCGUUUUCACAUCGCCUCCCAGCGUUCCGUCUUGCUGUUUUGUGCUACUUUGUGCGAAACAUCUGGUUCCCACAGAUCAUCUCUGAGCCAACCUGUUUGUUUUUUCAGCGAAUUGUGUUUCGUAUCACGUGUUUUAUGGCUUCUGUUGUUUUAGUACGGAGCCUCUAAUAACUUCCAAACCCCUGCUGCAGUGUGUUUCAAUUAGACGCAGCCAUGCAAACUCACUUUUGUUUCAGGGGUCACAGGUAACUUUUAUUAUUAUUAUUAUUAUUAUUAUUAUUAUUAUUAUUUUUUUUUUUUUUUUUUUAGAUUUUUGCUGGUUUAAUGCACCCAGUCUUGCUGUUCAUAUAUUUUAUGUAUUUUGUACAUAUUCACUGAUGCAUGUCAAAUGAUCAUGCUUGUAUUUAUUUGUUUCCAAGAAAGAAAUAUCCUCAACAUACUUCAAACACAUACCAAGUAAGGGCAUGAACUCAGUCACAGUGUUUUUAUUGUUUGAUGCAGUUAUGUCACAAUGAUGCUGUACAGAAAGAAUGUCCCACACAUCAUUAAAAAAAAAAGAAAAGUUCAUGUAUACAGUGUUUUGUAUGAAUGUUCUUUUUGCAAAUGCUGUAAAAACACUGGUUGUUCCAGAGGAAAUUAAAGUUAAACAUUAAAGCUUAAUAAGAGGGCUGUUUUAGUUCUCCAGAGGGGCCGCUGCAUCACUUUGAACUUAACUUUAAUUGGAUGACCGGGAGAGGAGGCGUUUAUCUGAAGCCAUCAGAAAAAGAGGAAUUUCCUGUGUGUAUUUACUAAAAAUAGCGCCACUGGAAGCAGGAGAAGCGAGAAAUGCACCAUUGUUAUUAUGAAUCUUGGCCUCUGAAACAAAUGCAAUGAUCCCAAAUCUUUCCACUAGGUGGCAGCACAGAUAACCAAACAUUGUGAAUAAGUGUUUUAUUUUGCCCCUGUAAAUUUACGGGACUUGACAAAUUACA